AAUACAACUCUUCAAAUAACACGUGUCAAAAUUUCUCAGCGAUAUGACAUUUACAACAAAUUUUAUACGUGUUAGAAUUGAGUUACUUUUGUGCUUUUUGUCAACAUGGAAAAAAUUGAAUAUCGAGCAGUGAUAAAAUAUUUGUUUUUGAAAAAGAAAACAAACGACGAAAUUAAAUCGGAAUUUAACGAAGUUUAUGGAGACUCUGGACCGUCAUUAACAACUGUAAAAUAUUGGGUAGCUGAAUUUAAACGCAUUUUUGAUGAGGAACGUUCAGGUCGUCCAAAUGAGGUCACUACACCAGAAAUGAUUGAAAAAAUCCGUGAUAUGGUAAUGAGUGAUCGAAGAUUGAAAGUGCGUGAGAUUGGUGAGAGUGUGGGCAUUUCAAUUGAACGGGUUAAUAACAUUUUGCAAAAUCAUUUGGAUAUGAGAAAGCUUUCCGCAAGAUGGGUGCCGCGAUUACUCACAACACACCAUAAACAAACACGUGUUUCCAUUUCAAAUGAUUGUUUAUCAAUGUUAAACGCAAAUCCCCAGGAGUUUUGGCGUCGAUUUGUAACUGUCGAUGAAACGUGGAUUCAUCACUCCACACCAGAGACCAAAGAACAGUCAAAACAGUGGACUCGUCGUGGUGAACCAGCUCCAAAGAAGGCAAAGGCGAUAUUAUCAGCAAACAAGGUUAUGGCCACAGUAUUUUGGGAUGCGCGUGGGGUUAUACAUAUUGAUUACCUACAAAAAGGAAAAACAAUUAAUGGCGAAUACUACUGCAAAAUAUUGGGUGAUUUUGACAAGGCUUUGAGGAAAAACGUCCACAUUUGUUGAAAAAAAAAGUUCUUUUUCAUCA